AGCGGUGAUUUUGGGCUAUAGCUUAUUAAGGGUUCACAGCUAUAGCUUUUCUCCCAGCCCCACCGCAUUCUUGUUGUUGCUGUAAUAACUCUCCCUUUCUCUCUCUCUUUUUUUCUCUCUGUGUAUGCUCUUGUGAACGCUGGCUACAACUUCCAGAGUUUUCACAAUCUAACUCGCCGGGAGAUUGAUGAGAUCCUGAACAUAUUUCAGUUUGAUUUGAUUGAGAUUUGUUCUGCUUUUUUCUUUUCGAAGUAUGGUCUGGUGGAGUUUAGAGCCGGUGAUUUUGGGCAAUGAGAGUGUGAACAAUAGUUCUUUGAGGAAAUUUGGGAGAAGGAAUUUGAGAAUUCGUUGAGGAAAUCGAAUUAUCAUUUGGUGUGUUGAAUAAGGAUUUUUGUCGUUUCUUUUUUUUAUAUAUAUAUAUAUAUUUUUUCUUGAUCUGGUUCUACUUUUGGCAAUUUUGGAUCUUGAAGAUUCUGAAAGGAAAAAUAGCUGAACAAACAAAGUUUUACAUUUUCCUGCUUGAUUCGAUUUCAUCUGUCGCAAAAUCAGGGCUUUCUGCUGCCGUUACGGAUCCUACAUUGUUCAAAGUUUGAUAUAAAAAGAGUAAACGACUCGUCUUUAGGAAAGGAUAGUGUACUGAGAGAAAUGUGCAGGAUAGAAAGGAGUGAGAGAAAGAGUGGUGAAAUUGGGGAGAGAAGAGAAAGAGAGAAGAAUAUGGGAAUGGUUAAAGGAGUGGAGAAGGUGAAGAGUAUUUCGAGGUCGAAAAUGAAGAUGUGGAUGAUACGAGCCACCACUUCGGUGUUGUUGUGGACAUGUGUUGUUCAAUUGACGACGAUCGGUGAGAUGUGGGGGCCUAGGGUUUUGAAAGGAUGGCCCUCUUGUUUCUCGCACGAAUCCGCUGCCGCCCUGGAGGAGAAGGUUCCAGCUGUGCCUGCUCGAGUUCUGCCACCGAAGAGAGUUUACAAGAACAAUGGCUACCUCAUGGUUUCAUGCAAUGGAGGUCUCAAUCAAAUGAGAGCAGCGAUUUGCGAUAUGGUUGCUAUUGCAAGAUAUUUGAAUGUAACACUUAUAGUUCCAGAGCUUGAUAAAACUUCGUUUUGGGCUGAUCCCAGUGAGUUUCAAGAUAUAUUUGAUGCAGAACAUUUCAUCACAUCAUUGAGAGAUGAGGUCCGGAUAUUGAAAGAAUUGCCUCCUAGGCUGAAGAGGAGAAUGGAGCUAGGGAUGACUUAUACCAUGGCACCAGUUAGUUGGUCUGAUAUAUCUUAUUAUCAUAACCAGAUUCUUCCUUUGAUACAGAAGUACAAAGUUUUACAUCUUAAUAGAACUGAUACACGACUUGCCAAUAAUCGUCAACCUCUGGAGAUUCAGAAGUUGCGCUGUCGUGUAAAUUUUAGCGCUUUAAGAUUUACUUCUCAGAUAGAGGAGCUGGGUAAAAGAGUUAUAAAGCUUCUUAGGCAAAAUGGUCCAUUUCUAGUACUUCACCUCAGAUAUGAGAUGGACAUGCUGGCCUUUUCUGGUUGUACUCAAGGUUGCAACAAUGAGGAGGUAGAAGAAUUGACCAGAAUGAGAUAUGCUUAUCCUUGGUGGAAAGAGAAAAUAAUAAAUUCUGACUUGAAAAGGAAAGAUGGGCUGUGCCCUUUGACUCCAGAGGAAACAGCCCUGACAUUGAGGGCAUUAGACAUUGAUCCAAAUAUACAGAUCUAUAUUGCAGCUGGUGAGAUAUAUGGUGGAGAAAGGAGAAUGGCAAGUCUUGCAGCGGCUUACCCCAAACUGGUCAGAAAGGAAACAUUGUUGGAACCAUCAGACCUUAGGUUUUUUCAGAAUCACUCAUCCCAGAUGGCAGCAUUAGACUAUCUUGUUUCAUUGGAGAGUGAUAUCUUUGUCCCCACAUACGAUGGAAACAUGGCUAAAGUUGUUGAAGGCCAUAGGCGGUUCCUUGGGUUCAAGAAGACAAUUUUACUGGACAGGGGGCUUUUGGUUGAUCUGAUAGACAGGUACAAUAAUGGAUCACUGAGUUGGGAUGAGUUCUCUUAUGCUGUGAAAGAAUCACAUGCAAAUCGGAUGGGGAACCCAGUAAAUAGGUUGGUGAUUCCAGACAGGCCAAAAGAGGAGGAUUACUUCUAUUCCAACCCAGAAGAGUGCUUACUGUCUUCAGAGGAUCCCUUGGAUCCUUUGAGUAGCACGUGACAAAUAUUUAGGAGAUUGUGAUGUUUAUUCUACCACAGAUCAAAGGUUAGUUCGCUACGCAGUAGUAACAGUGAUAAAGGAAGAUUUUGCAAAGAAGAGGCAAUCAAGAAGAUAAUAUGUGAGUGGUGAACUUGAAGAAAGCCGAAAAUGAUCUAUGGGAGCGUUUUUAGGACGUUAUCAUCGUAAAGUAUAUGCCAAUAAUCCAAUUCAUGUAUAGAAGCUACCCUGCCAUUACAGGGUGAUGUCAAAUCAACAAAAUCGGAUUGUACACAAAGGGAUGCAAAUAUAGAUGUUGUGGUUUACCAGAAAUGUGGCCUCAAUGAAGGUUACUUCAUCAUCCUUCCGCUUUGUACUUUUUUUUUUUCCUUGGUUCGUUUAAGAUAUUGUGAGUUUCUAGCAAAUAUCAAAUUUUAGAAAUUUCUGUUCCAGUAUUACUGAAAUGGAUGUUUACCCCUCUC